GUCGCCAUCGGAUUUUGGACGGGUACCUAUUUUAUGCGAACGUUUCGCCAGGACAUUACCGCCACUGCAGAAGAAAAAAAUGAAAUUGUGGAUUCUGGAGAACAACCCUACGAUGUCACAUGAAACAUGCCACCGAAUGCCGAGUCGUACGAUAACUAUGUGCCAAAAUCAACCUUGGGCAUCAAGCCACCGCCUCGGAGGUCACAGCUCACCACCGUUUAUAUGUGGCUCGAAGACAAAAAGGAAAUAGAUAACGCGGAAGGUUUAUGGAGGAUACACGAUGGAAUUUAUGAUUUUACAGAUUUCGUCAAAAGUCAUCCGGGCGGAUCAGAUUGGCUAACCCUGUCAAAGGGACUCGAUAUUACGGAAGCAUUCGAAGUUCACCAUUUGACCGCUUUACCGGAAGAAUUAUUGAGCAAAUACUUUGUGAGGAAGGCAAAAAGUAAAAGAAACGCCCCGUUCACGUUCAAAGAAGACGGUUUCUAUAAAACUCUGAAGAGAGAAGUGAAACAGAUCCUUCCCACUAUCCCCAAACAGGCUAUUAACACCACGAACUUUUUAAUCGACUCCAUAUUGGUCGGAAUGUUUAUUUUGUCGAUUCUCGCUGCGAAAUACUGGAACUUUUUUUUGGCAACGUUGGCCGGCAACUUCGUAGCCUUUCUCGCGAUCGCCGCCCAUAAUUACUUCCACCAAAAGGAUAACUUUAGAAUGUACUACUUUCAAUUCUCCUUGCUGAAAGUAAAGGAAUGGAGGCUGAGUCACGUCCUAAGUCACCACUUGCACACGAAUACCAUAGACGAUUACGAAAUUUCAGUGUUCGAACCUCUCCUGCAAUACAUGUCCGUUAACAAAACUCCAUUAAAAAAGUAUGGCCAGUUGCUUUUGCUCCCAAUCAUUUGGAUUACCGGGUUUCAUCGAGCAUAUAUUGCAAGACUAAUUGAACAUUUGAAGGGCACGAAAAUUGCCCUCGAUAAGAGCGAUUUGAUACCAUUCAUUUUGCCCGCUGCCAUGUACAUUUUCGGAGGACAAUCGCUGUUAGCCACGUUUGGAAUGUGGAACUAUAUUAUCCUUGUGGGCAGCACACAUCUUUUCGUGGUGGGUCAACACGCCGCCCACCAUCACCCCGACAUAUUCCACGACGGAGACGAGCCAAGGUCCAAAGACGACUACGACUGGGGUGUAAGCCAGCUGGAUGCAGUUAUGGAAAGGAAAGAAAUCACUGGUUCCCAUUUCCUGGUGCUCACCAAUUUCGGCGACCACGCUCUCCAUCACCUGUUUCCGACCUUGGAUCACGGAACGCUGACCCACAUAUAUCCGGUCUUUAAGAAAGUCAUGGACCAGUUUGAUGUUAAUUUGAUGAUGGUUUCCCAGGUCGAUACAGUAUUCGGAGCUUUCCAGCAGCUCGUUAAAGAGAAGCCAAAUACCUCUCCGCCUAAUUUACAUAAAUAUAAGUUCAACUUAAAGAAUUAGAAAUGUGUGUAGAAUGCUCAAUUUUUGCUCAAUAUUUUAUGUACAUAUCUGUAAUAAAUGAUAGACCUCUG